AUGAUAAGCAGGGGAGUCAUCUUCAAAGGUUCCCUCAGGGGUAAUACUAGUUUGCUGAUCCAUGAUUUCAUGACUUGCCCUUCUCUUGUGGCCAUGACUUUCAAAAGCGCUCACUUGCAAUGUAACGAACUUUUCCUUCCUUCCUCCUCCUCCCCUCCUCCUCCUCCUCCUCCUCCUCCACCUCCGCCUCCUCCGCCUCCUCCUCCUCCUACGCGUACCAAGGUUGACGACAGCUUUCCAAUGCUUAGAAGAGGGAGAUGGGAGAGAGGAGGUGGAGAUAGAGGAGGAAUAGGAGGAGGUGGCGGAGGCAUUGGAGGAGAGGGGGAGGAGAAAGAGUAUUAG